AUGUCGAACGCCAGUUUGUUUCGCCUGCCUCUGUGUGUGAAAACCGGGGUACAAUGUUUACAAAGCAGCCAAUGUUGUUCAUUACGUGACGUUUGUUUAACCAACGCAAAAUACUCGAUAUAUGCAAAACAUAGAUACAGUACAUGUGAAAAUGUGGAGGCAUUGGCAGCUAGCCGUUAUGUUAAGCCUCAUAAAAAAGCUGGGGAAGAAUGCCGAGAUAGUUUAGAAUGUUUAGAUUUGUGCUGUCGUGAAUAUCGUGGACACCGUUAUCAUUUAAACAGAUGUGGCAAAUCAGAAGAUGAUUUUACAUCCUACACAUGCGUCAUGGCACCACCGAAAACAGGAAAUGACGUUUUGGAUGACGAAAUUGGAUUGAAAUAAUUUGUUGCUUUAAGUAAUCAAUUCUUUUUUUUUAAAUGAUACUUUUCGAGCAUCUUUCAAGCUGUAUUUUGUAUGAUAUUUGCCUAUAUUUACGCAAUCGUGCGUUAAACUUCUUUCAUUGAACAACGUCUAUUAGUCACAAUCAUAAUAACAAAAUCAUAAAAGACACCGACAGUACUUAGCCUAUUUCUGGAAUUUCGGAGAUUUUUACCUUUUCGGGAUAGAAUUCAACAGAACGAAAGCUUCUUGAAAAUCAUUUGUUCAUACUGCUUAUACUCGAGUUACUAUUUUGAACUCACCAGUAACAGUACUAGUAGGUCGAAUUUUCGAGUUACUUUUAAAUUUUACAAAUUAAAUCGGAUUUUCUAGUAAAAUUACUAAAUCAGAUUUCCCAGUCACCGAUUCAGAUUGAGCUGUAUCACGAACGUCGCUAUAAAUUCUGUUUUUCAAUAAAUUAAUUCAUCAGCUUCAAAGCAAAAAAAAGAAAAUGACUUUAUGAUCGUGACUAUAAGAUUAUCAAGACAUAUCAUUUUCUAACCAUUCCAAGUCUCUCUUUUAUUGGAAUAUAUCUUUAUAAUGUUAUUUUAUAUUGUAAUUUAGAAUUGUCUGUCUUUAAGCAAUGAUAAUUAAAUUAUUAUCUAA